AUGGCGACGGCCAAAAUAGCACUAUUAGCUGCUGCCUUCGCUCUCUUGUUCGCGCUACAAGCCUUCGCGGAUCCCGCACCCGAUCCUCGCCCUGCCAAGUGCGACUACUCGGUGGGAAAAUGGGUGAAGGCGGUGAAUCAGCCAAAGCGGUACUCGGGCAUAGGAUGGGAGCCCAAUUACUGCAAGUACAUCCGCAGCGGCUUGAACUGCGAAACCAACAACCGCCCCGACCAGCUCUACCAUCAGCUGCGCUGGCAGCCGGAGAAGUGCGAUCUUAGUUAUGUUACCGCGGAGGAUUGGGGUUUCCUCAUGAAGGGCAAGAGGAUGCUUAUGGUGGGAGACUCCAUAACGAACAACGCGUAUCAGUCCCUGCUCUGCCUCAUCAGCUCCGCCGACAACAAGGGAAAGGUGAGAGCGAAGGAGGAUGAAAGGACGCGCGAGUGUGUAAGCUCACAGUGA